AUGUGGCCGAAAGAGGACUCCACAAUCAGUGAGACCUAUGAGCAGAGACAAAUAUCAUACCAAGACUUCCUUAACAAACCAUCGGCAGAUCUGACAACACUUCGGUCGAACUGGAGAGCAGACGCCUGUAUCAUUCAAAACGCCAGCACCACGAAAAAAAGGUACCUAACAAUUGGUAUACCGACAGUGAAACGAGAGAAAGGAGAAUAUAUUCUGAAUACAAUUCAGUCCAUCGUGAACUGCACGAGAAAUGAGGAACUACGAAAAAUCUACAUUGUUGUUUUCCUUGCCGACUUUGACGACGCCUGGAAGGCGGACAUCAGUAGACAUCUGAGAGAGAAGUUUGGCGAUAUUAUUUCCAUAGGAACGCUGCACGUGAUCCAAGCAUGGGAGUCAUUUUAUCCGCCACUGGAUAAUUUGAAACAUACAUAUAUUGACCCAGAAACUAAAACGAAAUGGCGGGCAAAACAAAAUGUCGACUACGCGUUUUUGUUUCUGUAUAGCCAGGUUCUGGCCACGUACUAUAUCCAAAUGGAGGACGAUGUUUACACCGUACCGGGCUAUUUCAAAAUUAUAAAGGACUACAUCAAUAACUUUAGGGAGCGCUGGGUGUGCUUGGAAUUCUCAGAAUUGGGUUUUAUCGGAAAACUAUACCGCUCGGAAGAUAUUGAAAAAUUUGCCGAAAUGGUCCUUUUGUUUUAUGCUCAGCAACCUUGUGACAUUACGGAUUUGAGUUUCAACACCCAGAUGUUGCAGUUUAAGCGUCACAUCCGUCGACCGACCAUAUUUGAGCACGUUGGCUAUCAUUCUUCACUUCCUGGGAAAAUACAGCCUCUUAAAGAUCGUUUCUUCCCAGCACAUCCUAAAACAUUAAAAGGGGACAACCCCCCGGCGAAACUGUACACUAGCCUGUCGUUCGAUGGAUAUUUUAAUCCCGAUAAACCCUACAACAAGGAAGAUGGGAUAUUCUGGAGUUCAAAAAAUGGCCGAGCAAACGAUUGGUUCACAGUGGUGUUCGACGAACCUCAGUUGUUGAGCGAAAUAGUUAUUCAUACUGGAAUAAAAACAAACUUAGAUGAUAAAAUCCAUCAUGCAAAACUAGAAGCUAGUCUUGCUUCUUCUUCUACGGGCCCUGGGAAACCAAUAUGUAGCAAAAACAAGCAUCUUGGCUAUUUUGAAGAUGGCGAUAUUCAAAUAACAGAAGUUCAGUCUCUCAUAGGACAGCAGAAAAUUCACUGCUUGAAUAUUAUCAUCACCAACACGCAACAGAACUGGGUGAUAGUUCGUGAAAUAGCCGUGUUUACUGUACGCCCAAAAAAUCAAAAAGACGUCUUGAUUCUUGCAUAA